UUGACAAUUGGAUUUCUGUUCGUUGCAACAAUCCCCUACAGCAAUCAUGUUCGCACGACAAGCCUUCCGGGCUGCUCAGCCAUUGAAGACCCAAUACCGUCGAUAUGCCACCGAGCAAUCAAGCGGCGGCUCAAACACUCUGCUGUAUGCGGGGGCUGCCGCCCUCUUGGGAGCUGGAGGGUACUACUACUUCAGCCAAGGCGACAAUGCGGCGAAGGCCAAGUCAGCCGUGAAGGAGGCUGAGGACAAGGCCAAGGCUGCUGUAGAGAAGGUUGAAGGCAAGGCCAGCAAGGCUGCCUUCACCGGUGGCGACCAGGGCUUCAUUAGCUUGAAGCUCGACAGUGUCGAGACUGUGAACCACAACACCAAGAAGUUCCGCUUCGCAUUGCCGGAGCCCGACCAGGUCAGCGGCCUUGCUGUUGCGUCUGCUCUCAUAACCAAGUUCAAGGGCCCAGCGAUGGAGAAGCCCGUCAUCCGACCAUACACACCCAUCAACGAUGAGGAUGAGAAGGGAUACUUGGAGCUCCUUGUGAAGCAGUACCCGAAUGGGCCGAUGUCCGAACACCUGCACUCUAUGGCGCCUGGUCAGCGACUCGACUUCAAAGGACCUAUCCCAAAGUACCCAUGGUCACCGAACAAGCAUAACCACAUCGCUCUGAUUGCUGGAGGAACCGGAAUCACGCCCAUGUACCAACUUGCACGCGCAAUCUUCAAGAACCCCGACGACAAGACCAAGGUUACACUGGUGUUCGGCAACGUGUCAGAGGAGGACAUCCUGCUGAAGCGCGAGUUCGAGCACCUGGAGAACACCUACCCCCAGCGAUUCCGCGCCUUCUACGUCCUUGACAACCCGCCCAAGGAGUGGAAGGGUGGAAAGGGCUUCGUCACCAAGGAGCUCCUGAAGACCGUCCUGCCCGAGCCCAAGGAAGAGAACAUCAAGGUCUUCGUCUGCGGUCCCCCUGGCAUGUACAAGGCCAUCUCCGGCCCCAAGGUCUCCCCCACCGACCAAGGAGAGCUCGACGGUAUUCUCAAGGAGCUCGGAUACUCAAAGGACCAGGUCUACAAGUUCUAA